AUGGUUCAGAUGGAGCAAGACUACGAAGUUAAGGCAGAGCAAGAGUUCCAAGGUCAAGGUCAACAUUCGGGGCAACCACAACACGAAAAUAUAGUUGAUUUUGAGUUUGGUGAUAAUGAUGCUGUAAGUAAUAGUAGUGGAAACGAUAGCAAUUCGAGUAGUGCAAGUAAAAAACGACGCAAGAACCAGGGAGUAGCGUGCUGUUUUUGCAAGAGAAGGAGGAAACGGUGUGAUGGUGGGUUCCCUCAGUGUGGAGCCUGUGUGAAUGCUGGGAUCCAAUGUACUUUUGUAGAUAAAAUUACAGGAAGAGAAUUACCUAGAGAUUAUAUUGAUAGAUUAGAAUCAAAGGUUUUCGAUUUGGAAUCCAAGUUGCGUUCCACAGAAGAGGACAAAACGAUAAUAAAGUUGGUGGUCGGGUCCCAACUCAAGAUGAAUAUUUCACAGGAUCUGGGCAGUAUACAGGAGAACUCGGACUCGGACUCGACGCUGUUGAGGCCGUCGUACGAUACCGCUGUCAAAUUAUUGCAACUGUAUCGAAUAAGAAUUCAUCGUCAGUAUCCGUUCCUAGAUUGGCCAUGGGUACUUGAUUGUUUCCACAAAGUGUUCAUGUUGAAUACGAAGGAUACCAAAGCGAUUUCAUUCGUCUAUCUCGUGUUGUCUAUUGGUGUCGACUUGGGAGAAGUUGUUGAAGGAGCUCAUCCUUCUAGUUUAUACUAUGGGAUUACGAUGGAUCACAUCAACUCCACGUUAGAAGCAGGAAGCAUCAGGACCAUUCAACUAUACCUACUACUGAUCAUUCAACUGCUGGUAAAACCCAAGGAGAGUUUGUCAGAUGACUAUAAUCAGUUAUGGCUUCUUGCAGGAGUGGCCGUACGAACAGCGGUUUCGUUAGAUUUACACAGGAAACCAGGAUCACCAAGAAGCAUGACUCAUGGCUUAGAACAACACGUUUUACAGAACCUAAGGUCAAGGGUAUUCUGGUGUGCGUACAGCAUUGAAAGGUUGAUUGGUAUGACAGUGGGUAGACCGUUUUGCAUAUCCGACGUGGAUAUUGAUGCUCCUUUACCAGAAUCCGAACUAGAAGUAGGAUCCACUUUGGGAUCAGCAGAUUGUGAAACGCAUAUGUAUGCUAAUGCCAUUGAAAUUUUCAAAUUAAGACGAAUUCAAUCCUCUAUAUGUAUGUUCGUGUAUGGUCCACGUAAGUUUCUCGAUAACGACGAUGAGAUCAAUCAAUCAAGACAACAGAUCAUACUUGAAUUGGAAGAUUGGAAACAGGGAUUCUCUUCACAAAAAUCGAAUAAGGACAUGAACUUCAUAUCAACUGACACUUGGGCAAAUAUGAAUUAUCACCAGUCUGUGGUUUGGUUCUUGAGACCAGUAUUACUUCAAAUCAACGAUUCUCAUAGAAAAGCCGUAGCGGAUGGUGUAGCGAUGGUAACACCGACUCGAGAAACGUUAGAAUGGUUUCAGGUACUCAUGUAUUCUGCAUCUGAAAUAAGUACAUGCUACGAAAAUAUACUAAAAGAGUCCUUAUCUCCCUUGUCGCAUAACAUCGACCCGCUCACCUCUAUCCAUACAUUAUUUGUCGCAGGCGUCACUUAUAUGUAUUGUAUUUGGUUGAACGUUAAGUUAGAUCUAAUAUCUGGUGAUCGGAAUGAUAGUGUGAGAUCGAUCAACGUUAUCAAACUAUACCAGAAACUGUUACAGACCCUAGCCAAACAAUGGCAUAUUGGGAAACUUCAAUACGAAAGUUUUAUGCAAUUAUCCGGUAAAAUCUUGAUAAACAUACAGAGAAAUGGCAGCAGCCGUUUCCAUUCUACCAACAAUCUGGAUCCAAUUGACAAAUCCACUUUAAUCAAUGACCCAACUAGCGAUUGUGAAAGCACUUCUUCGCUACAAAGUUUUGCCAAAAAUCUAAAUGAUAAGCAUCAACAGCCCAAUGCUAUUAAAGAUAGCCCAAUAUUCUCAUUCAUUAACCUGAAUGGCGAUACCGUGCUGAGAGCGUUAAUAUGGGAUUUGCUUGAGCAAUUCGAGUAG